AUUUCUUCCUAUUUAAAUUCACAUUCCAUUUCCUUCCUUUUCCUCUCUUCAAAAUCAAUAUACUAUUUCUCUUUUCUCUUUCUCUUUCUCUUUCUCACUCUCACAUUACCAAUAUUCAUUCAUUCAUUCACAUAAUAAUAAUAAUAUUUUAAUAUAUCAUCAACCAUGUCUUCUCAUAACAUUGCUUUCUUCUUCCUAACCGUUUUACUUGCUACCGGCGCUCUCGGUCAAGCACCUUCUACCUCUCCCACCGCCUCACCCAAAUCAUCACCGGCUCCGGCGGCAUCUACACCUACACCAAAAGCCACUCCUCCUCAAACUCCCACCGCCACUCCUCCUCAAACUCCCACCGCCACUCCUCCUCCAGUUCCCACCGCUACACCUACUCCCGCUCCAGCCUCACCUCCUCAAGUUUCAUCUCCACCUUCUCCAACACCAACAACAACCACCGUCUCACCUUCCGAAUCUCCGGUUGAGUCUCCGAUCGAUUCUCCUCCCGCUCCCGUCGCUCCUACUAUUUCCCCCUCCGCUUCCGAACCUGCUACCGUCGGCGAUGGUCCUGCUCUGGCUCCUAGCGGCGAAUCCGCUUCCGUUAGAGUCGCCGUCGGUGGAUCCGUCGCCGCUAUUGUGGCAUUUGGUUUGAUGAUGUAGAUCUGAAGUGUGACGUGGCGUUUCGUUAGUUAUGUACGGUUAGGAAUCAUAAUCACGUUACUAUGUUCAGCCUAAGUUAGUUAAUAUAUGAUUUUUAAUAUUAUGAUUGUGAUUAACGGUGGAUUAUGUUACUUAUAGUGAUUACUCUUUGGGAGAUCUUUUGUUUUCUUCUUAUUUUAUCAUUAUAAAGAAACAGUUUAGAGUUUCAUUCAUAUAGCAUAGUAGUUCACUCCGAGAAUUAUUAUUGUCAUUAUUAUUAAUUUGGCUUUGAUUACGGAUUA